UCUCUCUCUCUGUCUCUCCCUCCGGUCUAAAACCUCAGAAACCGGGAUAAAACCCGACCCUAAUAGCAAGCCCUCCGCCAUGCCGCAAGUACAUUCCCCUCUCCGCCGCCUCCUCCCUCUCUCCCAAACCCUAGCCCCGGCCCCUCUCCUCUACCUCUCGCGCCGCCUCUUCUUCUCCUACUCCGUCUCCGCUACCCGCUCCCCCCUCCCCCGAGCCGCCGGUCUCCGCCCGCUCGCCUACCGAGUCCAGGCCAGCCGCCACAACCUCCGUCUUGCGAGCAGCACGCUCAGGAAGGAGCCCGAGGGGAUGGCCACCGGCGGGGACGCCGGGGUGGCGUUCAAUAAGACGCGGGCGGAGGGAAAGGACGGGAGGAAGGACAGGAGCAUGGAGCUCAAGAACCGCAGGGCCAUCCCCAUCAGCACUACCUGCUACGUGCAGAUACUCGGUACAGGAAUGGACACUCAGGAUACCGCACCUUCAAUUUUACUAUUCUUUGAUAAGCAAAGAUUUAUAUUUAACGCUGGUGAGGGUCUUCAGCGUUUCUGCACUGAACACAAGAUAAAGUUGUCAAAGACUGAUCAUAUCUUCUUCACACGUGUGUGCUCAGAAACUGCAGGAGGCCUUCCAGGCCUGGUGCUAACUCUGGCUGGGAUGGGAGAUGAGGGCAUGUCGGUGAAUAUAUGGGGCCCUUCGGACGUUGAUUUUCUAGCAGGGGCGAUGAAAUCUUUUAUCCCAAAUAGGGCAAUGCUUCACACACACACAGCUUUGGUGUGGAACGCAAUGCAUCUUCUUCACAAUCUUCAGAUGCUACUGUUAUUAUUGAUGAUGAAGUAGUUCGUAUAUCAGCAAUGUUUGUCAAACCGAGGUACCAUAAUGAAGCCGGUAGCUUGACAGAUAUCAACUCGAAGCCUGGUGAUACUGUUAUAGUCUAUUCAUGUGAAUUGGCAGAAAUAAAAGGGAAACUUGACCC